AUGAAGAGGGUAAUUGAUGAUGUUCAUGGAGAAUCUGAAGGAGUGGUAGCGGGUACCGUUAAAAUGAUUAAGUUUGAAGAUAUACCGCAGGAAUAUAGGGAUAGACAUAUCCCUGCAUUUUCAGAUGCAAUGGAUUUUAUUUUGAAGCUAGACGAUUCUUUGGUUCCUGUGUUUAUGAAGGCUGAUUUUGAACUGUUUAAGAAGCCUGAUAUGGGUUAUGACGGUGAACCUUCAGAUGAUGCAAAGUUACAGAAUGCAUUUUCAAAAUUAGGAGGAGCCAUUGUUGGGCAACAGAUCAGUAACUCCGCAGCAAGGUCGAUUAGGAUUAAGUUCAUGGCAUUGUUUGAUGGAACGUUCCCCAUAUAUAAAGAACUUAAGGAGUACGUCAAGACCCCCGAUAAUAUCAAAAAUAUGAGGGAGAGUGGGUUAAGUCAACGGAAAGUUACUUAUUUGGAAUCCUUAGCGACAUAUUUUUCAGAUAAUGAAGAGCGAUUGAAACAAAUGUAUUAUCAUGUAGAAAGUGAAGACAAUGAUGAUGAAAUCAUGGAUGAUCUGGUUGCCGGUGUGAAAGGUAUUGGUCCAUGGACUGCCAAGAUGUUUUUGAUAUCGGGAUUAAGACGAAUAAAUAUUUUUGCUCCGGAGGAUGUUGGUAUUGCAAGAGGUUUCUCUAGAUACAUUUCUGAUAAACCGGAGUUAUUAAAAGAAUUGAUGGACGGUAGAAACGCUGUAAAGAAGAGUAAAAUAAAGCAUAAGAAGUUCAACUGGAAAGUGUAUGAUGACGAUAUUAUGGAACGUUGUGCGGAUAAGUUUGCUCCUUAUAGGACGGUCUUCAUGUUUUUGUUAUGGAGGUUAUCAGCUACUGGUAAGCUUGAUGUUACAGUUGAUGUAGAAAAUCAAUUUGUCAAUACAUUGUAA